GGCGCCCAUUGCAGGCAGCAGAAGUAACGGGUGCGCCUGGCUUUCAAGUCUCUCUCCUCAUAGCUGUAGUGCCUUCCCGGACAGCUCGCUGCUUGCAGCAUCUUCUUCCACGCUUCGCUUUGCCGCUUUCACUUUUCUUGUUUCCCCUUUCCUAACUCUCCUCUCACCCUCCUGCGACCCAAGAUUGUCUUAAAAUAUUAAAUUCUGUCUCUGUUGCCUUCUCUCCCUCGUAAUGUACAGUUCUGAAAGGAUAAACAAGAUUGUGAUUCAAAUGAGAGCAACUGUGGAACGGUGGCCGAGAGUGGCUUUGGCCUGAAUGGUCAGACGUGCUUCACGGUGAGGACGUUGUUUUUACGGCCACGUGACGGAGUACUGGGACCAGCCGCAAGCUCAGGUAUGAAAGCGGACACGCUGCACCACCAUCAUUGCCUUCACCACCAUCACCUGCUUCCAAGCGCUCUGCCGCCACAGCAGCCGACGAUGCCGCAGGGAUCAGAUCGACACCAAGACCACACACCACACCACCAACAACACCAGCAGCAGCAGUUGAAACUGUCGUCACAGCAGCGGGUCGUCUACCUCCGCCCCUCGUGUCCUAUCGAAGAUUACGACGGCGACCCGUCCGCAGGCGGACGCGUGCCCCUGUCACGUGACUUGCAGGAGAUCAAGGAGCCGACGCUUCAGCGCUGGUCCCGGAGUGCGAGCGUGACGUCAGCAGGAGGGCGUGGCGGCCGCAGUCAGAGCCUGGGUCGUGACACCUCCGCACCGCCGUCCUUACAGAAGAACAGUAUCUACAACAAGACGCUGUCCUGGCUGCGGAACCUGCGCACCGUCUCCACCAAAAACCGCAGCAACCUCGGUCCCGACGACGACGACGAUGGCCGUGACAAGAGGAACACGCCGUCAGUGGCAGAGGACCAGAGAGCGACAGGGUUGGUCACCAGCACCAACGCUAACAUUAGUGGGUACAGGAGAGGAGGGUCCUCCGCACCAAUCUCAUUCUUGGCAUCUCAGGACAAGCGCCACAGCUGCUGUGUGGACGGCCACAGCCAGGAGAAACCAGGCCAGCAGCAGCGCCACAGCUUCGUCGCCACAGAUUACCCCCUCGCGGCCGCGUGCAGGGCGGAAGUGCCCCUGGCGACGUCAACCGGGGUCAUCACCACCACCACAAUGCCUGCCACCUCAGCGACCAUCGCCACAGCGUCGCCGGGGAUGUCUCGUUCUCUCAGGACCACCGCCCCCAACUGAUGAUCAGUGACUGUCGCUGCGGCUCCCGGGGCACCACUGCCUCGUCCACCUCCUCCUCCGUCGCCGGCUCGGACCCCCGCCUGGACCGCAUGGUGACUAAUGUGCCCCCGGAGUACUGGCAAGGGCAGGACACGUGCACGGCGGGGGGUCGCGCGUCUUCCAUGGAAAGGAGCAAGGACGGCGAGGUGGGUCCUGGGGAUGGACAGCGCGCGGCCUUCACCACCCUCGGCUCCACCGUCACGAGAAUUCUGCGAGCUCGCUUGUUCGGUCGUGCCAAGAGUUCCAUCAGCCUGCACCUGGACCAUCCUCAGGACGGCAGCGACCCCGUCGUCACUGGCAACGCCAGUCACAGUCACCGUGGUGGUGUUGGUGGUGGUGGUGGUGCUCAAGUUCCGGCUCGUGUGAGCGCCACCAGUGGUAGCACCAGCGCUCUGAACCUCAGCGGGGACUACUCUGUCAGCGCCGUGAAGCUGCGACCCAAGAAGGGUCAAGGGGACUCCAAGCACGUGUAUGUCGUGACUAGGGACACCAAACCCUGGCGACCCCGCUCCUGCGCUACGCUGCCACGUGACACCAAGCUGGGUGUUGUACAUGAAAACCCUCGUAUUGGCUCUGACGGAGAGAGUGAAGAGAUCUCUGGCACUUCGGAUGAAAAGGAUGAUGUUAUUUCACCAGUCAGGAUGCGCAACAGACAGCGAAGGCUGAGUGAGGAAGUGACCAAACGAUUAUCACUCCCAGCAGAUAUACGACUUCCUGAAAAUUUCCUGGCACGAUCUUCCAUUUCCCUCAGUCCAGAUGGUCAGCUCACUCGCCGAUCAAGAAGAAAAUCUCUGUCGGAGAUUGGCUUUGGCAAGAUAGAGUCAUACACUAAGCUAGACAAACUUGGUGAAGGGACGUACGCCACAGUGUUCAAGGGCAAGAGUCGACUAACGGACAGCUUGGUAGCCUUGAAGGAGAUUAGGCUAGAGCAUGAGGAGGGAGCUCCGUGCACUGCCAUAAGAGAAGUGUCACUUCUUAGGGACCUGAGGCAUGCCAACAUAGUUACUCUUCAUGACAUCAUUCACACAGAUAAAUCCCUCACCCUGGUUUUUGAAUAUUUAGAAAAGGAUCUGAAGCAGUAUAUGGAUGACUGUGGGAACAUCAUGAGCAUGACCAAUGUCAGGAUAUUCCUAUUUCAACUAUUACGUGGUCUGUCAUACUGCCACAAACGUCGUGUCUUGCACCGUGAUCUCAAACCACAAAAUCUUCUCAUCAACGAACGUGGAGAGCUCAAACUGGCUGACUUUGGCCUUGCCAGAGCCAAAUCAAUUCCAACAAAAACAUACUCAAAUGAGGUUGUCACUCUGUGGUACCGACCACCAGAUGUACUACUGGGAUCCACAGAGUAUUCUACGUCUAUAGACAUGUGGGGUGUGGGCUGCAUCUUCUAUGAGAUGGCAUGUGGCCGCCCACUUUUCCCUGGUUCAACAGUUGAGGAUGAACUACAUCUUAUAUUCAAGAUGCUUGGGACACCAACAGAAGACAGUCUCCCAUCUAUAUCACGAAACCAGGACUUUUUAGCUUACAACUUCCCGCAAUACAAGGGGGAGGCUCUCAUUACCAUAGCUCCAAGGCUUGACUCUGAUGGUCUAGAUCUGCUUGCCAAGUUUCUGAAGUACAAUCCCAAAAUAAGGGUGUCAGCAGCAGAUGCUGCCAAGCAUUCUUUCUUCAAUUCUCUUGGACCAGGUGUACAUAUGUUGCCAGACACUGUCUCAGUCUUCACGAUACCAGGCAUUUCACUGCAUAGAGAUCCCGGGAUCAGAUCCUCCUCAGUGGCAUCUGCAGGUAAGCUGCGGCGGCAAAGCAUGCUGUUUUGAAGGCAAUUUGGCGUUGAGUACGUUGAGGAGGCCAUGCACAUAUCUAUGGCAGCGACUCUACUACUACUACACAUUCGUAAUAGCUUUGCAUCUGAAAGUGGGGCAGACUCCCAGGAAACUUGUCUGUCGCUGGUGGACAGUGGGUUUUUUUCCUGUUCCUCUCCAGAAAAUAUAGACCUCAGAAAAACAACGCUGUAUGUGUGCGCGCGCAUGUGUGCCUGUGCAGGAGUACAUGUGUAAAGCACAGACUGUGUAGAAGAAUUUACAUGGAAUCUUUAUGGUUAACUCUUUGUGCAGCACGACUUACCAAGCUCAUUGUCCUCUCUCCAUUAGACUAAAGCAGCCUCCCUUUUGUCCCCUUUUUCUCCAGGUUCCUUCCCAGAUCUCGUGUAUUAGUGCAGAGAUCUUUGUUAUGGCUGCAUAAAGAUCACAAGAUGUUUUUAUUUUUUUUGUUUUUGUUUGGUUUUUUGGAUAGCAUAUUCCACUGUGUGUCAUCUGCCACAGCUGCAUAACUGCAUACAUGUCAUUUGUUUGUAUCUGUUUGCACGCAUCAACACCAGAUCGACACAAAAAUAAAAUGUAGCUGGCUACGUUUGGACUUGGGUCAUGGUGGUAGGUGCUGAGUGAAAAGAAAAUUCUGCCAAACAUGUACAAGAUUAAUUGGGAAGUGUUGUUUGUUGUUGUCCUCAAAUGUCACCCCCUUUCCCCACACCCUCCACUACCCAUAGCAGACUGCAAGUAAAGUGAUGGGAGAUGCAGGCAACACAUCUCCAUCUGCAUCUGCUUUGUCAAAAGUUUGACAGGAUUUUGGAUGUUGUCUUAAAAAAUAAUGUUCUUUUUUUUCCAAAAUGUCUGCUUUUUGUACAUGUUGAAAUGCAUGUCAUUGUGAAAGAAUCUGUUUACUAAAUGCAGUAUUUCAGUAUCUUGUGGAUAUAGCAAAUGUUAUUUGCUUAGAAAUCUCUAGAAUACAUUGUCAAAAUUUGAAAGGAAACUAAUAAAAAUGUGUGCAAAAUAAUGUUAUUAUUUCUCUCUGCCCAUGGUAGCUGAAGAUGCAACUUUAUUAUUUUUCUCAGCUGAUGAAAGCUGAGGCAACCAUUUUGUCACUAAAGGCAUGUUAGUUUGAGAUACAUUUACAGAAGUUCAAACUAAGGAGAAAUCAAAAUGCAUGAGGCGGGAGUAAAUGUUGUUAAGUUCAUGACUUUAUUGCCGACAUUGGCAAUUACACAUGCAUGCUAAAUUUUUAUUCUAUUGAGCAUGUGCAGGCCGCACCCAGUUUAAAAGUAGAGGACCUUUGAACAUGUAGAAUUAUAUUCCUUUUGAUUGGAAAGGACAGGUUAAUUUUGUAUAGUGUUCUGCCCUCAUUGAAACAAAACAUUGCUUAUAACACAAGUCUGGAAAGACUUAGGGAAGAAAUAAACUAAAUGAAGCAGAAAGUGAUUAAAAAAAAGUGAAUUACCAUCUGAGGGAAAUUCGUUGCAGAUUGAGAACUUAAAAAUGUUUGAUAACAACAUUAGGAGUUGCCCUAUGUGAAGUGACCUUCAGUGGGGGAAGAUGCAAGGUUGUAGGAGGUAAUCCUAUAUGACUGCAAUAAAUUUAGGGGAAACUUGGUUGCCUGUGAGCAAGCCUGUUCACAAAACUUUACCCUUGAUAAUAUUCCAGCUCUUGAAACUACGUAUGUACAGCUUAACCCACAUAGUGAUACCAUAAAAAUAUUUUCCAUGUUUGGCCAUUGACAGGUCCUAUUACGAAGUCUUUUGCCUGAAAACAUGCUGUUAAAAUCACAAAAGUGGGCUCUGCUGUGUGAGAUAGCAGAUUCCAUUGAGGUGAAACUAUCAGACUUGUUCACCUUGAGCAGAUGCUUACCUGACUAGACCUUCAGCAGACAUCCUCCUUUUGCACUUUUUUUUUUUUGGUGUAAAAUGUUUGCAGCGAGUGGGUUAUUACAUAUCAUUUAGCUAGUUUUAUUAGAAAAUUAAAUGGCAACAGAAGUGGUUAAGUAUGCAUUUCUGGCCAAAGAGCCACUGCAUUGUGACAUUAAUUGCCAUCACAUCUUGCUGUUAAAUCUUUCACCGAAAUGAAGACUUAUCUGUCUGCAAUGUGAGCUAAACACUUGUCACUUACCUGACCAAGAAACAACUGUCAUAAUGCAAGUAAGUUUUGAUAGUGUAUGAUUGUAUGUGUGUGUUUUCAGCUAGUAUUAAAAUUAAAGGUUAGAUGAUAACAAAAAAUAUGGUUUGAUUUUUAUAAGACUAACUUUUUAAGUGUCAAAUUUUUCCCCAGUUUUGAAAAAUUUUGAAAGAAUAAGAGCAUGACUGGGGUAUAAAAUUUUAUUUUUUUCAUUUUUCCCACUUUUGCCUGCUCUUCUCCUGCAUAAAAGGAACAAACUCUGCUCACAAACCUCAUAAUUCUGUAAAGUCUGCCUGUCGAUUUAUUCAGCGCCUGUGGACAGGACAUGUAGUAUAUACAAAAUGUGUUGUCACGUCAUCAAAGUCUCUCAUGUUACAAAGACAUUAUUAAAACGGAGGAAGUAUUUAUUUUACUACAACAGUGUACAUUGUAUAAAUAGCAAAUUAUUAAAAUGUAUUUACUCAUUUAUUUUCUAAAUAAAAUAAGGUUUUGUAGAUUUUGUCACAGGUAUAGGCUGGAUUGACUUUGCUAUGUGAGCUCAGUGAAAAGGCUUUAGUGUUGUGUAAUGUUUCUUUUUUUAAAUUAAAAUAGUAAAAUGUAUUCAAAUGAAAUGUACUAUAGCAUACGCAGAAUGCAACUUUUCCCAUGCCCAUUCUGCUGUGAAUGUAUACGUGGUUUUUUGACUCAGAUUGAGCAAAGCACAGCUGGCGUCACCAUUUUCAUUAGAGCAGUCCUUUCCAUUAAGGGAAGAUGUAGAGGACACUGUUUUUGUGAUAAACUUCAUGCUAUAUUUUUUGUGAGAAUCAAAGACUUACAAAAUUCUAGUUUGCCAUAUUUUUCAGUUGCUGGCUUUUCUUUCAGGAAUAAUGUUUAAAGAUUUAACAUAUAUAUAAAUAUGAUAAAACAUAUCUUUUCAAAAGAAAAAAAUGGAAAAGAAAAUGGAGACAAACAGUUUUAAAAAGGUUAUUAGUACAUUGGAGUUUUUAAUGUUGAAAGUUUAUGUCCUGAUACUGCAGAGGUUUUCACUGGAGCACAAGCAAGCCCUGUUAUUUUACUGUUGCUGCCCCACAACCUAUUUGUACAUGUUGCAUCAUUGUAAUCUUCAGUGUCUGAUCUCAAAUGGUGUUAUACACUUUUUAUUGGCUCUUUUUUUAUGAAGGGGUUUAACAAGAGGAGAGAGGUAGAUUUUAGUAACAAGGGAAGAAGUUAAAAUCUGCUUACCUUUCCUAAAAUGUAUUGAUAGAAAGUGUGGGUGUGUGUGCAUUGUGCAUUUAUGUACCAGUGUGUUUUCUAUGAUUGAAUCUUGCAGUUUUGUGCAUUGUUUAUAAAGAAAAUUUACAAUGAAAUUUAAUGAUCUAGUUAAUGCACAUGCUUUUAUUUGCAGUGGAAGAAGCAAAAAGCUUACAAAAUAAGUAAAGAAGACAAGUCUUAUGCAAGCUACAUUGUAAUUAUGUGACAAAAACCAUUGGUUACAUCUACCAAAUGCAGUUCUCAGUAGUCAGAAUGCCAGAUUUCCUCAAUUCCAAGUUUUUAAAAUAUGAUUGUUAGGUUGAGAAGCUAAAACAGUGGAAUGCAGUUACAAAUGCAAAGCAUUUUUUUCCGUCAUUGUGCAUUGUGAAGCCAUCCAUACAGUCUUGUAGUUACUGCUGCUGUCUGAUAGGGUUUGCUAAUCAUGGUCAGUACACUAGACAUAAAUCAAGAAUUAUGGAAUUAAUUCCUCUCAGAUCCCAGCAGAUUUACAGCUGAGGCUAUUAUGGGCAAGGCUAACUUUAAGCAAGAGAUUGAUGAAAUGUAUUAACAGGCGUAAUUUUCUCUGUAACUGUGCAAACUAAAUGAAUUCAGAUUAAAUGAUCUAUAAAAUAACUGUUUUAUUGUAAUUUAACUUCGCUUUUAAUUCAGCACUGGCAAAAAAAAAAAAAAAAAAGAAUCUGUUAACUUGAAACAUAAUCUUGCAAGUGUAUUAAACGAAACAGUUGUAAAACCCGUCCAUCAUUUGCAUGUUUAUGUGGUCUAGUAAUAUCUUUCCAAGAAUAAAUCUUUUUCAGGUCCUGUAUUCCCUGUCUCCUUUCCCUAGUCAAUGUUUUAGAUUCUGAUCUCAGCCUCCUGUUGCUAGGUAGAAAUAUCUUUCAAGAGAAGAGAAUGGUACACCUUGGAAACACAGAGCUUCACUAUUCUUAUCCAAAUCUUCUGCCACUAUUCAGGUUUUAUACAUUGAUCAUUUUGUGUUUGGGGUGGAAAGUGAAUAUCUCAGAUCUGUAAUCUUAGUUUAUCAUCUUCACCCACUAUUUGAAAACAAAAAGAAUUAUCUUGAUAAUACCUACUGCUCAUGAAAACUUAUCUCAGCAAUAAUCUUGUUUACUAUAGUUUAGUUUUAAACUGGUUAGAUUACUUGUGUUGAUUAAAUUGUAUUAAUCUGACUCUCACGAUGAUAAUAGUGGUGAUGUAAUGAAGCUAACAGAAGGGUUGAACAUGGUUAUUUACAAUUAACUUUGGAAAAAAGGUGAAACGGAGUUUUGCCAGUUAAUAAAUGCGUAACAGGGUACCAAUGCACUGAAAUCAGGGUCAAAAGUUGACAAGGAGGAAGAGAAGACCUACUGUCCAGUGUAUAGAUCCACAAAUAACGGCCUAAUAGAUCCUAUUUCCUGUUCUAAACUUUUCAUAUUUGAUUUCCAUUUUUGCCCUUCUGUUUGCUUAAAAAAAUCAACAACAAAAGAUUGAUGUUAUGACCAGCAAGGUUUUUGGAACUAUGUGUGUUUAGAUCCUUAGAGUUGAAUGAGUGUUGCCAUCAAGCUAUUUGUCAGUCAGCUCAUGAACGAACUAAUUCUUGUAAAAGUUCACUGGUGUUGAGUCUGAAUGCCUGUAAUACAUGUGUAGUUUUUGUUUCCUAGUCUUUUGCUCUGCCUGUCAAUAAACCUGAUCAUUAGUUUUCUUUUAAACUAUUUUGUAUUUCAGUAAACUUAACAGAGGGUUUGAUGAGAAUAUUUAAAUGGAUAUGAUUGUGAUUCUAAUCAAAUUUAAUGUGUAUAUUUGUUUCUUAUUCAGUUCCUUUUUCUUAUCGUUCCUUGCAUUAAUGAGCAGACAACUCUGUCUUCUAUCAAAAUGAAUCCUGUUACCAUCACUGCCAGCAUUAGCUCCCUUUCUCACGUGGGCACAAUGAAUUCUUAUAAAGACUCGGUCAUGUGUAGUUGAUCAUAAAUUUCUGCAGAAUAAGUGGUUCAAAAAUACACGCUUUAUUUUUAAGAGAAAGUAUCUCACAUUUUAAUCAUGGAAUUUAUAUGAGACAGUUUUAAGCUAGAGGGUCUUUGAUGACUACCUCCUGUUUCUUUCUCAGACUUUAGUUUUAUGUGUGCUUACAUAGAAAACAGAAUAAUUAUAAUAUAUAUAUAUCAAUCACAGAACUUUACACAACUUGCAAUUGUAAAAUGAUAUAGGCAAAGUCAGCUUAUGAAAGCUCUAAGACCCAACUUGAAAUUGCAAUGUUCAUUCCAGAUUGUUCAAAAUCAUCUCCACAUUGAGACCAGUGCUGGUUUUUUUUUUUUGCUGCCUCACUCCGUUGUUUCCAUCUUGCCUCAGGUUUAUCUAGACUUGCAUCAAGACAUACCAGUUAACUCUAGAAUGACAAUAGAGGGCGAUUGUUGUGUCACUUUCCCUAGAAAACCAAGACAAUGGCUGCUACGCUAGAACGUACAUCCCGAGAGGCACCUAUGCAGUGUUGAAAUGAUUUGUGGAAAAUCUAGCACAAAGUAGUCAGCACUUAGCCAGCUUUUUAUUUUUGUUAAGUUUCCUUUUUUUCUUUAAGCGUGUUGCUGUAAAGGGAGUUAAUGACAUUAGAUCCCACUUUUCCUCCAUGUAUGAAGCCCUGCACAUAGGGAUUAUGGACCAAGCUAGACAACUCAUUCAUUUAGGCACACGAGUAUUGUACAGUGAGAGCCAUAUGUGUGAAAACCUGUGCUGAAAUGUACAUCUUUAUUUUUGGCGAAGGCUCUCAGCAUGUCUUUCACAUAGCAGGCACUUCUGCUCUUUUCUGUUUCUCUUCUUCCACUACCUCUUGUAGCAAGCUAUCGAUUCAUUACAGUCUGUUCUUUUUUCUUUGAAAUGGUCUUUUGUAAGUAUGUUUCUGUUCAGGCUCAUUUUUAAAAAAAAAAAAACAGUGAUCAUGGAAGUA